AUGAAUGCGUGUUUGAUGCUCCGGAAGUGGUUACUUGUGGCUGCCAUGGUUGGCAUCGAGGCUUGCGUGACCCUGGAAGUCAUCCUUGUGAUAGCCAACGUCCAGACUCUGGGUGUUCCGGUCCGGUAUGCGUCCAUCCCAGGCACCGUCGGCGCUUCCUGUAGCCUGCUGUUUAUCCCCACCCUGGGCUACGUCAUGGACAGAUGGGCCAAAUCCAAAAUCUCCAAAGCCAAAAUUCUGGUCUUCACCACGUCUAUACAGAUGAUCGGCACCUCGCUAAUAUUCACAGCCAACACCGUCAAGCUACUUUUGUACGACGAUGGUCACAAUGCCACGUCAGCUAACGUGACGAACGCCAGUACAACGACACGGGGAUUUUCAGUAGAACAGUCUAUCACAUCUCCAGACAUUGAACAAAUUAAUUUCUACGCCAUCAUCGCCAUGGUUGGCUACAGCCUCGUAGACUGCGGGUACGAUUCCAGCUGCUGUUUUUCGAAGACUUUUUUCUUGGCGUCGACGCCAAAAGAGGAACAGUCUAGCAUUAUCGUGCAGUCCAGUUUUGUAUCUUCAUUAGGCGGAGGUCUAAUCGCAAUACUGGGGUCAAUUGGUCUUGGCACAAGACUGACCGCUGGAACGUCACAUGACAUCAACGCCGCCCAGAGUGCCUUCCUUUCAGCCUUGUGUUUUUUGUUAGUGGCAUCAGGACUGACCAUCACGCUGACCACUGGAUUUUGCUGCCAGCCGUCUAGGAGUUCGCCUUAUGAGGAAAUAGUGAGUAAAGAAAAAACUGAAGUUGUGCAUAGAGAAGAGCAGGCAACUAAGUCUGGUGUGUUGGGGUUUGUCAGGCGUCAGAAACAUCAGAUCAUCAUCAACAUAUCGACGUUCUUUCUGAUGGGGUCGCUGUACUCUAAUUCGGUCUAUAUGGUAAACUUUGUCGGUGAAGGCAUACUUGGAGGCGACCCCCAUGGUGACACAAGCAGCCAGCAGUACAAAAACUAUGUGAGGGGGGUUGAGAUAGGAUCCAGUGGGACUUUGAUUUAUUACGUCUCUUUCAGCGUCUUCAACGUUUUCCAAGAGUUUCUGCUGCGUAAAAUUGGAUGGAGAAUUGAGAUGAUGAUCAUUUGUAUCGGUAAUGCCUCCCUCAAUUUGGUGUGCGCGCUAACAGCAGAGCUAUGGGCCUUCUACAUAACAGCUGUGUGGGCUGGCUUUUUCAGGGCAACGGCGAUAACUGUACCUUAUAUCUUAGCUAAUCAAUUCGCUGUCAAGCUGAACGGCGACAAGAACUCUGGUGUUGUGAUUGCCGUCGUCGCCUCUAUGUUACCCUGUGGGUUCAUCCUCUGCUCGGCGCUGAUGGGACCCCUGAUUGACGUCACAGGGAACCCUGCGACCCCUGUCUACUACACUGCUGCCACUUCUCUACUGGGGCUGCUUGUGAUCGUCUGCUUAAAGUCUGAAUGA